UAUACACACAUAUACACACACACAUAUAUUAUAUAAUACACAAACUCAUUCGACGAAUCAACUUCGAGUCGCCACUGCAAUAGCGACCACCGAGAAGCAGAUUCCGAAAUAACAGAUAUCGCACUGCAUACAGUGUCAUUUAGGUUAGGAUAAUAACACAACCAACAACAAUAACAACAAAAAUAUGUUUCUAUCUUACGCCGCCGUGGCCGUGUUCACUUUCGCGAUUUUGUUGAAUAUCUUCUACUUGUACUCGCCCGUCGAAUCAGCCGCAAACGGAUUAAUAUACGAGUUGUGCGAGGAUUGUCUGAAGUCGGAGUGCCACGUCAAAAGUAAAAGGCCGUGCUUAACCAGAUUUGAUCCUCAGUACAAUUUCACAUGUUACACGUGUGAUCCCGAACAUGGCAACCAACAGUUCUAUUCCGGAAACGAUUGCAAGAAGGGCUGCACGGACCCGUCGAUGAUGUGCAUUUGUGACGGAUCGUGUUACAUGUGCAUCGUCAUACAGGGCGCCGAUUUGAGUCAUUACGCGAAUUGCACCACACCAGAUGAGCUGGAGGAACCAACUUGCGUGUAAGUUCCAUAAUAUGGCAACGCCAACACGCACACCUUGAGAUUAUAAUUAAAAUAAUAUAUUUUCAAUUAAGAUUUUUGCUCUUGAAAUAAAAAUAAUAACACAUUACAUAAUAUUAUAUCAUAUUAUAGUAUAUAAAUUAUAAAUAUACGCUUCCCAUUAUCGCCGUGAAGUAUUUAGUAUUUUUUCAUGAUUUUGAUUCGCGCAAUAUUCUCGCAUAACAGGUAUAGUCACCGCCGCAGUGCUUCGUCGUUGUGCAUAAUAUAUUAUUAUUAUUAUUAUUCUGUAGCACUGUGGCAGUGGUGUGUAAACUAUUUUUUAAAACUUCCCUCUCGAUUGGUAAUAUUAUAAAUAUUAUAUAAGGAUGACUGUCAUCCGUUUCUUGAAAAUUUGUUCAUUUGUGAACAAAAGAAACAAUGAAAAUACAAAAAUUCUGUGAACUAUAUCAUUA